UCUCAAGCCAACCCUCCUCGACGGCGCUUCUGCAAAGCCUUACGAAGAAAGAUGGCGCGAGACUGAAUAAAAAAAGACAGCCCUUCCACCCGCCCCGUUCGCGUCAAACGACAGGGCAGAACAGGUGCGCGCGUGGAAAAACGCUGGUUGCUCACGUUGGGAGAACGUUUUGGAGCGAACACAUAGCCGUAGGAGGGGUGUCUUCUAGAGAGAGCUCCGCAAAAAGAGUCGGGAGGCGCCGUCCCACCGGUGGGCGGGGCCAACACUGGGGGUGGAGCUUCGAGCGUCGCCUCUCCGCGCACCGCUUCAUCUUCUUCCUCGCUUCAUCGGCAACCGCGCGGCAUCGUCUCAGCCCGGCCGGAACAGGGGCCCCCAACUACGCAGGCAAGGCCGAAAGGAAACCAGGAAAACCAUCGCCGGCCAUGGCAGCUCCGGAGACGUGGUCCGCUGCAGCCGAGGUGAGGCUGACCGGCGUCCACCCGGCCCACGCGCACCACCACCAUGUCCAGCAACCGACCGCGCAGCAACCGCAACCACCGCAGCCGCAGCAGCAGUACGGUGAGAUGAACCAGCUGGGCGGCGUGUUCGUGAACGGCCGUCCGCUGCCCAACGCGGUGCGUCUUCGCAUCGUCGAACUGGCUCAGCUCGGGGUGCGGCCGUGCGACAUAUCGCGCCAGCUGCGCGUCUCGCACGGAUGCGUCUCCAAGAUCCUGGCGAGGUUCCACGAGACCGGAUCCAUCCUGCCCGGCGCCAUCGGAGGAAGCAAGCCGAGAGUCACCACGCCAAAGGUGGUGGCGUGCAUCCGCGAGCUGAAGCGUCGUGACCCCGGCAUCUUCGCGUGGGAGAUUCGAGACCGGCUGCUGUCCGAGGGCGUGUGCGACAAGGGCAACGUGCCCUCGGUGAGCAGCAUCAGCCGCAUACUGCGCAACAAGGUCACACACGGCGUAGCCACAGCCGCAGCCACAGCCACAGCCAGGUACGGAGCUGGAGAGACGAGCUGGUGCACCGCUAUCUUCUCGCCACGCAGCAUUCAGGCGGCCCAGCUGAGCCGUUGGGCUCCCCCUCACCACCCGCCACCGCCUCCUCUGCUGGGCGCCUACCCGCACCCUCACAGCUACUACCUGCACGGCUACUACCUGCAAGGUGCAGCAGCCGCGGCCGCAGCCCAGCCUCUCUGACAGCUGGCCAUCUCCGAUCAUCUCAUCACCGGCGCGGCUUCUUGAAAGUUCGUCCCGAAUCGCACGGCUGAAACACGCGAGGUGCUUUGUGCAAUGACUCUCACAAUCAUCCGGGAGGAUGCGACUCGGCUCCAAGAGUGCUUCAACGUUGCGCCGAU